UAAGCCUGGAUAAGCCUGUCCACUGUCCACUGUACAGUACCGUCCAUUCUAAAAAUUUAUUAGCCGUACCAUCUCUUUUUUUGCAAUCCUCUCUCUUUUUAUCCAUCCUCUCUUUUUCCUUCGUCACCACUGCUUCCCCUUCCAGUCGUUGGUGAAUCUCUUUCCUCCUCACACACCAAAAAAAAACUUCAUAUUUUUUGAAGUUUAAAGGAAGAGAGGAAAUAAUAGUUGACACUCGGCGAUACUUACUGCAAGACUUGCAAACAGUAACGCCACCCUCCAAAUUCAUCUAAAUCUUUAAUUGGUCUCAGCAGGCUUGGCCUUGUCGCUCAUUCAUUAUCCGUGUCCUCUUCAAUUCAUUCUGUCCCCUUUUUUUUAAUCUAGUUACAUCGCUCUCGCGACACAUCUUCAACCUUCACCUAAGACGUGAAUAAUCAAUAAAAAUGGCGGACGACAAGAGUCGUACCUCAGGUGAGGUUCCCCGACCGGAACCAAAGGGCCCCAUCCUGCCCACCACGAACCCCGAGGCCGACAAGCCUCAACCUCCCAAGGCGGCUAUCCACCCGGCUUUCUACGUUGCAGUAUGGAUCAGUCUCUCGUCAUCUGUCAUUCUGUUCAACAAAUGGAUUCUCGACACGCUCGAAUUCCGUUAUCCCGUCAUCUUAACCACCUACCACUUGACCUUUGCAACCAUCGCGACACAACUAAUGGCGCGCUACACUAGCCUCCUCGAUGGUCGCAAGUCUGUUAAGAUGACUGGACGCGUCUACCUUCGUGCUAUCGUUCCUAUCGGUGUCUUCUUCAGCUUAAGUUUGAUAUGCGGUAACUUGACCUACCUGUACCUCAGUGUCGCUUUCAUCCAGAUGAUCAAGGCCACUACUCCCGUCGCUGUCCUGCUUUCCAGCUGGGCCAUGGGUCUUGCACCCCCCAACUUGAGGCAACUCCUCAACGUGUCCGCCAUUGUUGUUGGUGUCAUGAUUGCCUCGUUCGGUGAGAUCCGAUUCGUCUGGAUUGGUUUCUUCUACCAGUUGGGAGGUCUCUUGUUCGAAGCUAUCCGUCUCAACCUCGUUCAGGCCCUGCUGAGCUCUGCCGAGUACAAGAUGGAUCCUCUCGUCUCUCUAUACUACUUCGCCCCCAUCUGCGCUGUCAUGAACGGUGUUGUUGCGCUUAUCUGGGAGGUCCCCAAAGUCUCUCUAGCUGAAGUUUACCACGUUGGUCUCUUCACCUUCUUCUUGAACGGUCUCUGUGCCUUCCUACUUAACGUCUCAGUUGUCUUCUUGAUUGGCAAGACCUCUGCGGUUAUCAUGACCCUUUGCGGUGUCCUCAAGGAUGUCAUGCUGGUCGUAGCCUCUAUGAUCAUCUGGGGUACUCCUGUUUCCGGUCUCCAGGCCUUUGGUUACACCAUUGCUCUCGGUGGCAUGGUCUACUACAAGCUUGGUCUUGAGGCUAUCAAGGGAUAUGCUGGUGAAGCUGGCCGACAGUGGGCUGAGUUCGGUGCUACCCGCCCUGCUCUACGCAAAGUUGUCGUCAUUGCGGCAGCGCUACUAUUUGUGUUCAUCCUCUUCGGAGGUUUGGCCCCUAACUACGCCUACGACCCCUCGCAGUAUCUUUCUGGUGCUGCUGAGAAGCUAGGCGUUUCCUCAUGAGUGAAUAUGUGUCAACGAAACCUCUCCUUUCACCGUAUGCCUUUGUAAUCUUCUAGGUGGAUGGGGGUUAUAGCUCGGGUUCUAUGAUAACUUGGGUGUGACGGGUGAACGCUACGUGAUGACCUGGUAUGCGUUUCCCCUGAUUUUUCUUCGGGUACAUAAUUACACAUAUUUUCCGAUUCAUCUUCGAGGAGGGGGAUGGUAGUAGUUGGAGAGAUUUUUCCUUUUUCUUUUUUGCCGUGGACACUGAUGAAAGGGUAGUUAAACCACGGUGUUUUUUGUACGGCUAUAGAUAGCAGACAAUGGCGUCACCGGGCAAUUGCAAGGGUCGGGUUUGCAUCUGCUCACAUCACGACAGACAGGGCUGGUCUUCAUGUAACUUAGAGAGCCUAGGAGGUAUUAGACCUGAAUGAAAACGAUACUUAAAAUUCGCACGUUAAUUCAUCAUCAUUUGCGCAUUCUACAAGGGGUUAAAUGUGAUGUAUAUAGG